GCCCUGCGCCAGUGCCCUCCGGACUCCGGACUUCGGAGUCCGGGCCCCGGGGCCCGGGCUCCGGUAGGACCAUUGAGUUACCCUGUGCCGGCCUCAAAAAAAAUGCUGUCAUUUGUCAAAUAUGUGUAAUGUGCAGGCCACAGUCUACAAUUACAAAUUUAAAUUGGAAUUUACUUUGAAAUUAUUUUUCAGGAAUUUGCUCAAAGUUCGCAAAAUUAUUUUAAAUAUAGAAAUUUUAAAGUUUUUAAGAAAUUGGAAUACAUAUAGAUAAUGUUUCGAUGGCGUACUCUACGUAGUUUAGGUUGUUUGAUAACGAAACAAUCUCACACCAAAGUUAUAACUCGCAAGCCUUCUCCGAUCAAUGCCGUAACCGCCAGUCGUUUUGAGGGAGUCGUCGGAUUAGCAAGUGUUCGUUUAUUUUCUACCAAAAAAGGAAAAAUGGCGGAUAAGUUGAGCGACGACGACCGCAAGAACUUGCUUCAACCCUUGCUGCAGUCAGGAUGGAAAGUACAAGAAAACAGGGACGCUAUUGAAAAGGAAUUCAAAUUUAAGGACUUCAAUGAAGCUUUCAGUUUCAUGACUAGAGUAGCUCUAUUGGCUGAAAAAAUGGAUCACCACCCGGAAUGGUUUAAUGUUUACAACAGAGUCCAGGUAACGCUGGCAUCACAUGACGUCAACGGACUGAGCAAGAGGGACGUAAGGAUGGCCACCUUCAUGGACAAAAUUUAUUCUUAAACAACACAAUGAGCAAAACAGAUACAAAUAUGAAGGCUUUAAUUGUAAGAUGUGUUGAUGUGUAUAUACUUAUAAAUAUUGUAUGAUUUUGUUUUAAGAAUAAUGAAGUAUAAUCCUGUUUAAGUAUAUUAUGAUUUUGCAUGCAAAA